GCCUCGGGUGCAGUACAUAAUGCAGCGAGCCACCGCGGCGAAACAAACACAAGCACACCACCUGGAGGGAAACGAAAGCAUCUCGCUUUCUUCUUCUCCAAUCUCCAUUCGAUUUGCAUCCGCAGGCGCCCUCGAGCUGGUACACUCUGCAGAGGCAAGAAUGAUGGCAUGUGCUCCUCCAAGAAUCAAAGUUUCGCUCAAGUUCGGAGCUAAGGCGUUCAGGAAGAAUUACGUGCCUGGUUACUCGAAUUCCACAGUAUCCUUUCCCAUUUCCCGGGCAUUGGACGGUCUUUCUUCUCCCAUCAGAGUGGAGAAUCGUGCCUAUGGUUCAAACCUGAUUGCUGGGGCUAUGAAGAGCAGAGACCUAAACACGACACUCUCUUCGACUGUUGGCAGCCUGAAGGUUCCUGAAGAGAGAGUAACUGUAUUGGUCAUUGGUGGAGGAGGAAGGGAGCAUGCUCUUUGUUAUGCCUUGGAACGCUCUCCAUCUUGUGAUGCAGUUUUCUGUGCUCCCGGCAAUUCUGGCAUUGCUGAAUCCGGAGAUGCCACAUGUAUACCAGACCUGGACAUAACUAAAAGCGAUGCUGUCAUCUCAUUCUGUCGUAACUGGGGUGUCGGAUUAGUUGUAGUUGGACCUGAAGCGCCUCUUGUUGCUGGUCUUGCAAAUGACCUUGUUAAAGCUGGAAUACCUACUUUUGGUCCUUCAUCAGAGGCUGCAGCAUUAGAAGGAUCUAAGGACUUCAUGAAGAAGCUGUGUGAUAAGUACAACAUUCCUACAGCAAAGUAUCAAACGUUCACAAACCCUGCUGAUGCUAAACAAUAUGUAAAGGAUCAAGGAGCCCCCAUUGUUGUUAAAGCAGAUGGAUUGGCUGCUGGGAAGGGUGUAGUUGUUGCUAUGACAUUAGAUGAGGCGUUUGAAGCCAUAGACACUAUGCUGGUUGAAGGCUCAUUUGGUUCUGCUGGAUCACGCGUCAUCAUUGAAGAAUUUUUAGAGGGGGAAGAAGCUUCUUUCUUCGCAUUAGUAGAUGGAGAAACUGCUUUGCCUCUUGAAUCAGCCCAGGACCAUAAAAGAGUUGGUGAUGGUGAUGUUGGUCCAAAUACGGGUGGUAUGGGUGCAUACUCGCCGGCACCAAUAGUGACAGAAGAGCUCAAGCAAAAAGUAAUGGAAAGUAUUAUUCUCCCAACUGUUAAAGGUAUGGCGGCUGAAGGAUGUAAAUUUGUUGGUGUGUUAUAUGCUGGGCUUAUGAUUGAGAAGAAGUCUGGACUUCCUAAGCUUAUUGAAUAUAACGUACGAUUUGGAGAUCCAGAAUGCCAGGUUCUGAUGAUGAGGCUAGAAUCCGACUUGGCAGAGGUUCUGCUUGCUGCUUGUCGGGGAGAGCUAGGCAAGAUUUCGCUGACCUGGUCGCCUGAGUUGGCAACAGUGGUCGUGAUGGCAAGUGAAGGUUAUCCUGGGGCUUACAAGAAGGGAACUGUAAUUAAAAAUCUUGAUGAAGCUGAGCAGGUUUCUCCUGCAGUUAAGAUAUUCCAUGCAGGAACCACCUUUGAUAGAGACGGAAACUUUGUAGCGGCUGGGGGCCGCGUGCUUGGUGUUACUGCAAAGGGCAAGGACAUUGAGGAAGCAAGGGCCAAAGCGUAUGAUGCACUCGACGUCGUUGACUGGCCAGAAGGAUUCUAUAGGCAUGACAUUGGUUGGAGGGCGAUCAAACAUAGGCACAUGGCUGCACACUGAUGAGAAGAUUCCCCUGAAUCGCUGUAAUUAUGUUGAGCUUGAGAUGGUAGGGCAAACGUAGCAAGGAAAUUGCUGCAAUAAUUGCUGUUGUGGGUGCAUGAAGAUUGCAUAUGGAUGUAUAAUUAGUGUGGAACACCAGAAGUAAUUUUCUUUUUUGUAGUUUGCAUUUUGCCUCGUUCUGGUGUGCUAAUCUAUACAAGCAGCCAGCCUUCACAUUGUCACUAGGACUUUUUUGGGACUUUGCAUGUUUCUAAUUAAAUAUGUUGGUUUUCUCAUGUGCAUUA